CACGAACUGUUCACUUCAUCAAGGUCAUGGGUAAUUUAGUAGAUGCCCAACGGCUAUCGACACGAUUUCUUUCGAUCGGUAUAUCGUACCAAAUGUUUUCUCUAGAAACUAUUUGUGAUAUCACAAUCUUACGACGGUAGACGCCAUGCAGAAUACACUUUCUAUUUUACGGUUACUGUUGCUUUGCGGGCUUCAGCAUGCAGAUGGACAGAGAAGGACCGCGCCCCGGAGGACGACAGUGGAAGGUGGUACGUAUGGAACCGAAACCUUCCCAACAGAGCCUCCGACUACUCCCAUGCUAACGACCACAUCAGCAGCGAAAGUUGCAGCCCUGCCGCAACCUGCUCAGCUACCUCCUCCUCGACCCGCGGCAUCUGUUGGACAAUGGAAUGCACAGCCUGUAGCCCAACUACCGGUACUGCCUUCUCAACCAGCCGGCCUACCUUCUUUUCCGGGCCUCCCUGACCUUCCGCCGCAACCAGCCGGAUUUCCUGCAUCCGGAUUACCGCCUCUACCCGGUUUCCCAGCCGGUGUCGGUGCACCGUUCGCGCCCGGUAUUAUGGCCAUCCCUGGCGCGGUACAACUACCAUCGGCGGCAUUUGCAGCAAGACCAGCUGGACCUCCAGUAACAACGACAACCGAGCGAUAUGACGAUGACGCCGGUAUGCUACCCAACCUUCCAGUAGAUAAAACGCCUGUUGUAUCGUUAUGCGAAGAAGUGGAGGAGAUUCUCCCACCGGGGACCACCCAGGAAGAGUGCUUUACAGCCGAUCCAAUUCAGCUGCGAUACUGGCAACCAUAUCGCGCACUGAGGAAUAUUAAGUGCAAAUACGGAAAUGAUACCGCUCCACCCCAAAACUACAAGGACCGUUGCGGUGCUGCCUACAAAGGAGCAACUUGCGUGCAGAAGUAUCAGCAAUUCGUCGUUUUGGCUGCGAUGGGUCCUGCGGCGUCAGGGUGGUCCUGCGUACGGCUCGGCAGCGGAUGUUCAUGUAGCGUUAGAGCAGUUAAACGUUUAAGAAUGACUGACUUCGAACAGCGCACUGACUUGCGUGAAUUUAUGCGCAGUUAAAUGUUUGUUUUAUAAUCACGGACGCGAAAACACAGAAACUUUACCCAAAAAAAAUGUUGUCAUCUCUCGCUUACAAUAGCAAAAUAAAACUAUUCACUUGUGACGUCUCUUUUUUACCAU